UGAAACUAGUGCGCGUCUGCCAGUGUGUGUCAGUGGAGCGAGAGGAGCGCAUGUCCGAGUCGGAGUUCUUAUAUUUGGAAUGAUAGGAACUGCUGAGUCCUCCAGUGUGCAUUCGCUUCAAAAUUUUAGGCACGAUACGUGUGUAUGCAUUUUUUUCACGGAUUUAUUUAAUAACGUUGAUAUUUGGAGCUUUUUUGUCUUUUUUUUUAACCCAGUGCUUUGCGGUAACAUCCACAAGACUUGAGGAGGGGAUGUAAGAAGAAAAAUGUGCUGGAAUUAAAACAGAUCUUGGACUUAAUUGAAGUGAUGAGACAUUCCGGCAGUAAGCGACGAAAAUCGGACUUGAUCUGUUGAUUUAUUCAUUUAGUUAUUUGAGCAAGGACUUCGAAUUGAAAUAGAAUAUAUGCAUAAAUCACGGGGAGACUUUUGAACCUCACCACUUGGGAGAUUUGUAUACACAUUAUUUUGGGCGACUUGCCACUCAGUGGAUUUCCCCCCCCCACCACCACCUUCAUUUUGGAUCAGUGAUGCACUUUGCUCCUGUGAGGCAGUUUUGCUCGGUAAGGACAUGCACGGCAGCACUUGGAUAAAGACGUGCACGGUUCAAUCACUGCAGCCUGCCCGAACACUAAGCGCAGUGCAUAGCCCCGCCGUCACCCCUCGCUGCACUGCACCGGAGGAAGGACAACUCCGAUAGAUGUUUUGAUGUGCACGCACACACACGCACCCAAAAAAAUAACAACACUUUUACGGGACAUGUUUGUGGAGGCGCGUGAGCGCGCGUGUUAAUGAAGUUAUUUUAUCAAGGCGAACUCAACAGGUACGGAAAGAUGGAAUUAAUACAUUUACUUGUGCUCCUGCUCUUGUUCUGGGUCGGUGCCGAUGCUGUCAUAAACCUCAAAUAUGGAAUAAACGAGGAGAUGAAGCCCGGCUCUGUGAUUGGGAACGUGACAAAGGACGCGCUCAAACAAGGAUUCCAAAUCGCACCGCAGCCGCCUUUCUUGCGGGUCAUCUCCAAUUCAGAGCCGCGCUGGGUGGAACUCAGCCCGGCCGGCAUUCUUACCACGCAAAUGAAGAUCGACCGGGAUGUAGUGUGCCGCCAGAACCCCAAGUGCAUUAUUUCUUUGGAGGUGAUGUCCAACUCAAUGGAGAUCUGCGUCAUUAAAGUUGAAAUCGAGGAUUUGAAUGACAACGCGCCCAAGUUCCCAACAAGCCACAUUGACAUCGAGAUCUCGGAAAACGCGUCCCCCGGGACCAGAUUUCCCCUGGAGGGGGCAAGCGAUCCGGACUCGGGCGUGUACGGCGUGCAGUCAUACUCCAUCACCCCAAACGAGCUUUUCGGACUGGAGAUUAAAACGCGAGGGGACGGCUCUAAAAUUGCAGAGCUUGUCGUGCAAAAAUCAUUAGACCGAGAGACCCAGUCCCAUUAUACGUAUGAGAUCAGCGCGGAGGAUGGAGGGGAGCCACCAAAAAUAGGUGCGGUCCAAUUAAACAUCAAAGUCAUUGAUUCCAAUGACAACAACCCUGUGUUUGACGAGCCAGUGUAUACUGUUAAUGUCAUGGAGAACUCACCAAUCAACACUCUAGUAAUAGAUUUAAAUGCAACAGAUCCCGAUGAGGGCACCAACGGAGAGGUGGUGUACUCGUUCAACAGUUACGUCACCGAGAAGACGAGGGACGCGUUCAAAAUUGAUCCUCGGACAGGUAUCAUAACUGUCAACGGCAUUCUGGAUUAUGAGAGCACCCAGAUUUAUGAGAUUGAUGUACAGGCCAAAGAUUUGGGACCCAACUCCAUACCUGCGCACUGCAAAGUAACAGUGAAUGUGAUGGACACCAACGACAACCCGCCUGUCAUCAGCCUGCUCUCCCUUAACACAGAGAUGGUGGAGGUGAGCGAGAACGCGCAGCGCGGGUACGUUAUUGCCCUGGUGCGUGUUUCUGACAAAGAUGCUGGGGCCAAUGGCAAGGUGCAGUGCCGACUCCAGGGUAACGUCCCCUUUCGGCUACAAGAGUACGAGAGCUUCUCCACCAUCCUGGUGGAUGGUCGGCUUGACCGUGAGCAAAAAGACACUUACAACCUGACAAUCCAGGCAGAGGACAGCGGCAUUCCACCCCUGCGUGCCACCAAAUCGCUGGUGGUCAAAGUGGCGGACGAGAAUGACAACCCACCGCAUUUUCUCAAGCCACACUAUCAGGAGAUGGUGAUGGAGAACAACCUACCCGGCUCGUGCCUGCUGGCGGUCUCAGCAGAAGACCCCGACCUGGGCAUGAACGGAACGGUGUCAUAUUCCAUAGUCCCUGGUGAGAUUAAGCAUAUGGACGUUAACACUUAUGUGAGCAUAAACCCAUCAGGCCGCAUUUAUUCCAUGAGGUCCUUUGACCACGAAUACACAAGGACUUUUGACUUUAAAGUUCUGGCCCGAGACAAUGGCAAUCCAUCUUUGUCAAGCAAUGCCACUGUGAGAAUUGUGGUGUUGGAUGUCAAUGACAACACGCCCGUCAUGACCAACCCGCCUUUGGUGAAUGGCACUGCUGCGGUGUCAAUCCCCAGGAACGCCGGCGCAGGCUACAUGGUGACCCAGGUGAAGGCGGACGACUAUGAUGAAGGCGAGAAUGGACGGCUCACUUACACCAUCUCUGAAGGAGACCGGGCCUUCUUUGAGAUUGACCAAGUCAACGGAGAAGUGCACUCCACCCGCAUGUUCAGCGAGAAUGCUAAAUCCACCUAUGAGAUAACAGUGGUGGCCCGAGAUCAUGGCAAGCCUUCCCUGUCUGCCUCAGCCUACAUCGAGGUGUACCUGUCGCCGGACCUGAAUGCCCAGGAAUCCAUUGGACCCGUCAACCUAUCCCUCAUCUUCAUCAUUGCCCUGGGCUCAAUUGCCGCCAUCCUUUUUGUCACCAUGAUUUUCGUGGCGGUUAAGUGCAAGAGGGACAACAAGGAAAUCCGGACCUACAACUGCAGUUUCUUCUACUUGCGCAGGGUGGCUGAGUACUCCUAUGGCAAUCAGAAGAAGUCAAGCAAGAAGAAGAAGCUGAACAAGAACGACAUCCGCCUGGUCCCGCGCGAUGUCGAAGAGACGGACAAGAUGAACGUGGUGAGUUGCUCAUCACUCACCUCCUCACUCAACUACUUUGACUACCACCAGCAGAGCCUGCCGCUGGGCUGCAGGCGCUCUGAGAGCACCUUCCUCAACGUGGAAAACCAGAACUCACGCAAUGCCGCACCCAACCACGGCUAUCAGCAACCGUUCACCGGGCAGGGCCACCAGCAGCCAGACCUCAUCAUCAACGGCAUGCCACUGCCAGAGACGGAGAAUUAUUCAAUUGACUCCAGUUACGUGAACAGCAGAGCUCACCUCAUUAAAAGUUCGUCGACAUUCAAGGACCUGGAGGGGAAUAGUUUAAAGGACAGCGGCCACGAGGAGAGUGACCAGACUGACAGCGAACACGAUGUCCAGCGAGGACACUAUGUUGACACAGCUGUCAAUGACAUGCUCAACAUGACCGUGCCUCCUAAUGUUUGCCAGCAUCCAGAUCAAGCUGGAGAUCCCGCCGAAGGCUUCCACUGUCAAGAGGAGUGCCGAAUCCUAGGACACUCUGACCGCUGUUGGAUGCCUCGGGUCCCCCUAGCGGCACGCGUCAAGUCACCCGAGCACCCCCGCAAUGUCAUCGCUUUGUCAAUCGAAGCCACCACGGUGGAUGUACCCCACUAUGAGGAUGGUACUACUAAGAGGACUUUUGCCACCUUCGGUAAGGACGGGCCCGAGGACGUGGAGCGAGGCGACUUGAAGGGGAAGCGGACUCACGAGUCUCAGGUGUGCAGCCCUAAGGCCAAUGGCGGAGCCGUGCGUGAAGCCGGCAAUGGGCGAGAGGCAGGCAGUCCAAUUACUUCCCCGGUGCACCUGAAAAGCCCCAUGUCUAAGCCCUUGUCCAACUACAACACACUGAAAUGUCGCGACGCAGAGCGCAUCGCCAACCACAGUCUGCUCCGGCAACCAGAGGGCAAAGACAGUGAGCCGUCGGUGCGGGAGUUUAACACGCUUCUUCACGACGGCCGUGAUAAGGAGUCCCCCAGCAGCAAGCGCUUGAAGGACAUUGUGCUUUAGCGAGUUUCUCUGCCAAACACUUACAGCUCAUGCAGCGCAAAACUCACGUAACACAUAUAAGUAUAUAUAUCCUGCAAUAGCUGUGCGCACACACAAGAAGAGUCCGGCCAUGGGACUAGACCAGGCACACCACUUUGCAGUAUACAAUAUUUAAGUGUGUGCUGCAGCUAGUUGUGUGCUGAUGCCAAGGUAAUGGGUGUGGCAUUGUUGUAGUUGCGGUAAUUUCUUCGUUUGCUUUCCUGUUUUUCUUACAUUUUUCGCCCCCUCUGAGCAGUGAGCGGACAGGCAGGUUACUGUUGACUGCAUAGACAUGGCUAGAAGAGCGCUCCAGCUCUCACGCCAAAGCGGGACACGUUGGACAUCCGAGGUGCCGACACCCGAGUACAGUUAUGCCUUUUUGACAACUUUUUGUAUCACAAUUCAAUAUUUGCCUUCUUUGGUUUUCGCAGUUUGUAUCGAGCUGUGAAAAUCUGCUCUUUAUUCCUUUGUAUAGUGAAAUCUGUGUAAUAAAAAAAUAAACAGGAUUCAUCUUAUAAUAUACUCGUGAUUUCGGGGAGACAUAAAAUGGUGAUUUAUCUGCUUGGUUUUCACCUAACCCCACCAAUACGAGAAAAGCUUUCUCUGCGAGGACAUGCCGGCGACACCAGACUGAGCUCUUUUCGGUAUUUAUACUCUGUCACAGAUGGAGCGAAAUGAACUGUCUGCCCGAGCCUCUCCCAAAAAAAUAAAAAUAAACAUGGAAGUAGGACAGAGAGAGCCAUGUGUUCACAACCAGUUGUACAACAUUGUAUCUGCGACGCCCAAACUUGAUUGUAGCCAGUGGAGCACAUGUUAGGACCCUGUGCUCUGUGGUGUCUUGUACCUUUUUUUCUGACUAUUGAUUAUGGGGCUAGGAUAGAAGGGAUCGUCACUCUUGUCUUGCUAUGUGAAACUCUGUAUAGGGUUUACUAUUAUCAUUUUUAUUAACCUGUUGUUAUGUGACAAUCCCUUUAAAGUUUGGUUUCAACAGAUUAAAAAAAAAUACAAAUAAACAUAAACAUUGAUGUGCAACUGAAGCUACAGUAGCGUUUGUAACACAAACUCAAAAUGGAAAAAAAAUAUAUGCCAAAAUAUAUUUUAUAGAUAAUUUAAAAAUGUAUAAUGAGAAUAUUUAAUGCUGUGUCGUUAUUCUAUGAGUAAGUUAUACUUGAAAUUAACUUGCUUUUGCUCAUUAUUUUGUCUUUUGCUUUUAUAUUGAACCUGUUUUUUUUUUUUUUUUUGUUUGUUUGUAUUUUUCAAAAAUGAACUUGGAUUAUUAUUUUUCUUCGGCUGUGUUACCCCUGGCAACUGUUGACUUGCAGUCUACCUUGUUGUAAAGUUUCUUAUUGGUCAGUUCUUGUGCCAUCAAGUUUCUGUGUGGGCUACAACAAAAUGAAUUAAAAAAAAAAAAAAAAAAAAAAAAAAAACAUAAAAAAAGGAAAAAAAAAACUCAAAAAUUCCCAAAAUAAGUGAUUUCAGCACCAACAUUAUUGUGUUCGUUCAAUGAGCAUUAGAGUGAGAUGGAAAAAGAAACCAAAAAACACUGAUGCAAACAUAAGAUGCAUAAAUUGCAUAAUCUUAAAAGCAAGCUGAUGAAUUGGGUUCCACCAGGUGUCCGACUGGACUCAAAAAUGUUUUAUAUUUUCAAAUCGGCCACUGAGAGUUUGUCACCCAACUGUUGAUCUGACAAGUUUUUAAUGAGCGUGGUAUAAACCUGGCCCUGAAAAGCAGCAGGCGAGAAGGAAUUGUGCCUGACAUGACAAAAAUCUGAGACAAUGUGGCUUUAUGUUGCUUUGCAGCAAACCAUGUAUAAUGUGGAUUAUGUGAAUGAAAGUGGACAGACUUCUUACAAAAAAAUCUAGAUCUUGUAACUGAAUGUUUUGCUAGUCUCACCCUUGGCUUCUGGCAAAAUAAACAUCGGAAUAAUCACUGAAUGUAUACAGCAGCUUAUAAUUAAACUAUUAAAUGUG